GCACCCUCGAAAUGGCCUACCAGUUCUUUGCUAAAAGCCCGGCGCGGUCCUCGAAUCCGCCUAUAUCUCCUCCUCCAGCUCGACAGGCCCAGCCACCUAUUCAUCCGCUUCCCCCUCAACCGCCGCGAUCCGCUGUCGCGAUCCCUCGACCGACCGCGAAUGCCUCCAGCCUGGGUCCGUGUACGCCUUACCCGGGGGAUCUCUUCGCGAGCUACGCAACCCCUCAUUCGCAUAUCACGGUAGAAUCGAUUCGCAGGGCUCAUAUUCCUUCAUUGACGAGGAUUACGGGACUACUGCUGCCUAUUCGGUACCCAAGCUCGUUCUACACGACCACCAUCACAGACCCCAUCGUCGCGUCUCUAUCACGCGUCGCGAUUUACCAUGACCACCCCGUUGCUGCUGCGCCGAACUCGAGCACCUCUGGAUCAGACAAAGUGAUUGGUGGUAUUCGGUGCCGCCUAGAGAGACAAGAAUCAGAUCAAGAAGUUCAAGGUCGUGUUGCGACGAAUCUCUAUAUCCAAACUUUACAUUUGUUGUCACCUUACCGUGGCCAUGGCGUGGCUGCCUCACUAUUGAACUCCCUCGUUUAUGGACCGCCCCGAGAUUCCGGGGAGAAGCGUCGAGUAUCCGAAAUAGUGAAGCACUACAAUAUCCGCUCCGUGACCGCGCAUGUACACGAAGCCAACGAGGACGGCUUGAGAUGGUAUAUCGCUCGUGGGUUCCGGGUACAGGACGGUGUUGUAGAAGGAUACUAUCGGCGAUUAAAGCCCUCGGGAGCGAGAGUUGUGCGAUUAGACGUACAAUGGGACGAAGAGGACGAUGGUGCAAGUCCGAUCACUGAGAAGAAGAAUGCCUCCCAGAGUACAGUUCGAAGUGACCCCGAUGACGAAGGGUGGGAGAAAGUCGAUGCUGCAGAUAGCGAAGAGGAUGACCACGGUGUCCAGCUCUUGGGGGAAUCUCAAGUGCUGGACAAGGAUGAAAUGACACCGUCUAGGAAGCGCAAGGCUGAGGAGGAGAGUGGAAACAAGUCUCAACGAAGAUAGUCUGUGCAUGUGUUGCAGCGACUUGCAUGUUUAUUGUUAGAAUUGCUUUGGAUACCCUAUGCAUAAUGGAGAGUCUUUGUCUAAUCACACGAUGCUACUGCGCGA